AUGGGGAUUCUGAAUCUCCUUUUGGGUAUUGUCCUUGUGGAAAUAUUGCAAAUUACAUGCGAGAACUCUCCACCAGUCAUUGUUUCAGACAGAGACGAGUUUGUCCUGGCACCAAACUCCCAGUUUAAUAUCAGCUGUACAGGAAAAAAGAACGUGCAGUGGGAAGAUCCAUUACCAUCUAACACACACACACAUGUACUGCCUGAUCUUUACACUGCUACCCUUCUGAUACUCGGAGCUGAGGCUGCCAACACACGAGAGUACAUGUGUGUUUAUGAAGAUGGAGAGCCGGAAAGCACAGAUGAAAACACUGCCAGCAUCUACAUUUACGUACCAGAUCCUGAAGUUCCAUUCGUUACAGAUGAUCUGAUAGAGACCUCGAAUUUUUAUAUUCCCUGUCGAGUUACGGACCCUCAGUCUGCUGUAAUUCUCAGGAGUUUGCCAAGUGGACAUGAGAUUUUUGCAAGCUAUGAACCAAGACAAGGUUUCCUCGGCUCCUUCUCUGAUGGUGACUACGUUUGUGAGACUGUUGUUAAUGGCCAAGCAGUCCAGAGCAUGAUGUACACGGUUAAACCAAGUAAGCCAGAAUUCACACGUAUGUUUGAUAUGGGUGGGGAUACAUACUUCACUGCAGAACUGAGAGCCAGUCAGGAAGAAAUAAAUGAGGGUGAAGCACUCAACCUUACCUGUGAAGUUCCAACUGGUGUGCUGCACACCCAGAAGUGGUUGCAUCCCAGCAAAGCUGCUGUAGGUGCUGUUCAAACAAAACAGUCCCUCCCUGAAAAGGUUUUGUACACUCUAAGCAUCCCACAAGCUACAAUAAAUGACACUGGCUUCUACGAGUGUGCUGUCACUGGCCAGUCCAGCAAUACGACCUGGUUUUCCAGUGUGUUCAUCACUGUCCAUGCGGGUUCUUUUGUGACUUUGGAUCCCAGUGGAAUUGGAGCAGUAGAAAUAGCCUAUCUCCUGGAGGAGAAAGAGUUCACAAUUUACAUCCAUUCUAAUGUUGUUCCAAAAGUCAAAUGGUUUAAAGAUGACCAUCUGUUGAAUAGCAAGUAUAUCACCACCAAGACCACUCCUCUGACAGACAAAAGAUACGAGAAUGUUUUGGUUCUGUGGCAUCCUGUAGAAGAGGACAGUGGAAUGUACAAGAUCAUUGCAUCAGUCGGUUUACAAAGCGAUACGUUCUCCUUCAUGCUUCAUGUCAGAGCUGAGCACCAGCUGUCUCAGUCUAUGCUGGCUCCGAUAAUCUGGCCAAGACAAGAGACUUUGGUGGUGUCUCUCCACUCCACAUUCAGACUGACAUGUCGUGGCCAGGCUGAGGUGGCCUGGGAAGGCCCAGUCAACCUUAACGAGCAGACAUUGGAUGAUAAGAGAGGCCUCUUCAUCUCCACAGUGACCGUGGAUAAAGCCACAGCAAGAUACACAGGAGAAUACACAUGCUCCUAUUACAACCAGACAGGGGAGAGCAGCAUCUAUAUCUAUGUGCCAGAUCCAGAUGUGCCAUUUGUGCCCUCUCUGGUACCCUUUAUGAACCAUAUCCUGACGAGUCAUGAGGAGAUGGAGGUGCCGUGCCUCGUGUCUGACCCGAGUGCCAACGUCACAUUGAUUAACAUGGAGACUAAGCAGGCUGUGCCCGCUGUCUAUGACAGUCAAAGGGGCUUCCUGGGAAUCUUCACAGCCGGAACGUAUGUGUGCCGAGCUUUUGUGAAUGGGAAAGUGCAAAACAGUGAAGAAUAUAUUGCCCAUGGCUUGACAGAAGGCUUAGGGUUACAGUUGGAGCUGAAAGCUGAGAAGAAGGCACUGCUGGUUGGGGAGACCAUCACAGUGAACUGUGUAGCCAAAGGGAGUGACAUACUAGAGAACAUCUGGAAAUACCCUGGUAAAAUAUUGGGUCGUGGAGUACAUACACUGAAAGAGAACAAGAGAGAUCAGGAGAUCCGCUACACCCUGACUGUGUCUGAUGCUACAGUUAAAGACAGUGGAAUCUAUGUCUGUUCUAUCACUGACGUUAUAAGCCAGGAUUACCAAUUAAAAGAGCUUAAUAUUACGGUCUAUGAAAAGGGGUUUGUCUCUUUAGCUCCCACCUUUGCUCCUGUGGAGACUGCCAAACUGGACAAGGUUUGUGAGUUCCAAGUGGACAUCGAGGCUCUCCCCACACCCAAGGUCACAUGGCUAAAGGAUGGUGUUGUCCUGGGUGACAUUUCUGCAGAGAUUGCUACUUCCUUCCAGGCAAUCAGUGAGACAAGGUCCCGAAGCACCCUCACUCUAAUUAGAGCUAAGACAGAGGACAGUGGAAACUACACAAUAAGAGUUAAUAAUGGCAACCAGAGUGCCAGCUUCUCAUUUAGCCUGCAAGUCAAGGUCCCUGCAAUGAUCAUGGAUCUAAUGGAUCUCCACCUUGGCUCAGAAGCAGGCCAGGCUGUGGUGUGUGUUGCAGGAGGAGCUCCAGUCCCUGAGGUGGAGUGGUACAUCUGUAAAAACAUCAAACACUGUGCUAAUGACUCAAGCCUGUGGUCACCUCUUGAGAUCAAUGCUACAGGCAUCACUGUAGAUACACAUGUGGACCAAGACAACCAGCUGGAGAGUCAUGUGAUCUUUGGCCAUUUAGAGAACACAAUCGCUGUUCGCUGCCUUGCCAGGAAUGACAUGGGCGUCGUCUCCCGUGAGGUCAAACUAGUGGCCAAUGGUUCACACUCUGAACUCACCGUGGCAGCUGCUGUUCUGGUGUUGUUGGUCAUUGUCAUCAUCUCACUCAUUGUGCUGGUCAUUAUCUGGAAACAGAAGCCACGGUAUGAGAUAAGGUGGCGGGUCAUUGAGUCGGUCAGUCCGGAUGGACAUGAAUACAUCUACGUGGACCCCAUGCAGUUGCCCUAUGAUACACGCUGGGAGUUUCCACGUGAUGGGCUUGUCCUGGGCCGCAUUCUUGGUUCAGGAGCUUUUGGUAAGGUGGUGGAAGGCACGGCAUAUGGACUCAGUCGUUCUCAGCCAGUAAUGAAGGUGGCAGCAAAGAUGCUAAAACCAACGGCUCGCUCCAGUGAGAAGCAAGCGCUGAUGUCAGAGCUGAAGAUCAUGACCCACCUUGGCCCCCAUCUGAACAUUGUCAACUUGUUGGGGGCAUGCACCAAAUCAGGUCCCAUUUACAUCAUCACCGAGUACUGCUUUUAUGGAGACCUGGUGAACUACCUGCAUAAGAACAGAGACAACUUUCUUGGCCAUCACUCUGAGAAGGGCAAGAAGGACCUGGACAUUUUUGGCAUAAACCCAGCUGAUGAGAGCAGCAGAAGCUAUGUGAUCCUGUCAUUUAAGGAAAAAGGAGAUUACAUGGAUAUGAAGCAGGCAGACACAAUGCAAUAUGUUCCCAUGUCGGAGAGGAGCAACACAUCAAAAUAUUUUGACCUCUCCAGUGAUGACUAUGAUCAUCCACCCUCUCACAAACAUGUCAGCGAAAGUGAGGUAGAGAAGCUUCUCUCAGAUGACUCAGAUGGGCUGACCACAAAGGAUCUUCUUAGCUUCACCUAUCAGGUGGCCAAAGGGAUGGAGUUUCUGGCUUCCAAAAAUUGUGUGCACAGAGAUCUGGCUGCUCGAAAUGUCCUGCUGUCUCAGGGUAAAAUUGUGAAGAUAUGCGACUUUGGGCUGGCCAGAGACAUCAUGCAUGACAACAACUAUGUGUCCAAAGGAAGUACCUUCCUACCAGUGAAAUGGAUGGCCCCUGAGAGUAUUUUUGAUAACCUGUACACCACUCUGAGUGACGUCUGGUCUUAUGGUAUCUUACUAUGGGAGAUCUUCUCUCUAGGUGGCACUCCUUAUCCUGGCAUGGUUGUGGACUCCAGCUUUUAUAACAAGAUCAAGAGUGGCUAUAGGAUGGCCAAACCUGAGCAUGCUUCCAGUGAUGUAUAUGAACUGAUGGCAAAGUGUUGGAACAAUGAACCAGAGAAGAGACUCUCAUUCCAAAGUCUUACUGAGAGUGUGGCCAACCUGUUGCCAUGUGGAUACAAGAUGAGCUAUGAGCGUGUGAACCAAGACUUCCUGAAGAGCGACCACCCGGCGGUGACACGCGUUCAAUGCGUCCAGAGUGACGAGACCUAUCUGGGUGUGGUUUAUAAGAACCAGGGCAAGAUGCGGGACCGUGAGAGCGGUUUUGAUGAGCAGAGGCUAAGCUCUGACAGUGGCUACAUUAUUCCCCUGCCUGACCUUGACCCACUCUCUGACGAGGAAUACACUAAAAGGAAUCGCCACUGCUCCCAGACCUCUGAUGAGAGUGCUAUAGAAACAGGCUCAAGCAGCUCCACAAUGCCCAAGCGGGAGGGAGAGACCCUGGAGGACAUCACACUGCUGGAUGAAAUGUGCCUGGAUUCAGGGGAUCUGGUGGAGGACAGCUUCCUGUGAGAAAAGCUUAUAGUAACAGAGUGAGAAAAAUGAAGAAAUGGAGAGAGAAAAAAGAAAAGAAGAAGGAAGUGGGGAAAAAUAAACCCAUUUGGACGUGAACUCAUCUAACUGAUCUCUCCAUACAUCUCAACUCUUCUUUAAACUUCUCCUAUCCUGACCAAUUUACUGUCCAAGAACCCCAAGACAUAAACACUUUAACUUUCUGGAUGUCCUGUGAAGUUUUUGAUUUGAGACAGCACUCUACACUGGUUCGGAGGAUGAAUUAUCAAGUGCGUAAACACUCAAGCUAUGAUAAUGAGACGUUCUGUGGAUCCAACCAGCAUCCUGACUGUCAACCUAAAUCUUGGGAAACUGAGAGGUAAAUAAUAUGAGAGGAAUGUCAUUGUUUUGCUUUUUUGGACUUUAAUAGGAAUUCUAUACAGCAAUAUAAGCAGCAACACAUGGCUGAGGUUAUCAACAAUGUAGUUGGAACCAGCCAGCUUCCAGAUUAGCCCAUAUGACCUUAAAAUAACCACUAUAAAAACAGCAAGACAGAACAACUGAAUGGAUAUUGAACCAGGACUCACUGGUACUCACUUUGCAUUCAGUUAAAUUGAUGAUGGUUUUGUAAGGG